AUGCUCAAAAGCUCCAACAAGGCAAGGGAGAUUGGGCGCAACGUCCGCACUGCACUCGGAAAAAACAGCAAAGGUCUGGCAACCUCCCUCCAACGACCACACCCAACUGGCGAAGGCAUGGAAAUCUGCGACACUCAGACAAGUUUGGUCGAUGCAAGUAUUGAUGAAGCCACCGCACGCUUCACCCGAGCAACUGACAUUUCCCCAUUCAUGACAGACCCCCUCCUGUCGGAAGUGGGACCAAUGGCAGAACUCCCAGGAGCUGACGAAAUUUUAGCAGGCACCUUUGAAUGCCCCCCCGAAACUGAUCAAUACACCCAACUUCUCAUUCAGCACCUAGCCACACCUCCUGAAGUCAUGGCGGCUGGAGACAUCCCUCUGGAUAUCCCACUCAAGGAACACCAGCGGGCAUGGAAACAGCAGAAUCACCACACAGCAGCUGAUCCACGAAACCUGAGCUUCGCACAUCACAAAGCAGGGGCCCACGACAAGAGCAUCAGCCAAGUUGACACCACCAUCCGGUCAGCCCCAAUCCAAGCAGGAUUCAGCCCCCCUUCUUGGGAGUUCAUGUCAGAUUGUUCUAUUCCCAAAAAGGCCAACAACCUCUUAGCUUCAGCUAUGAGAAUCAUAGUUCUCAUGGCGCCCUCUUCAACAUGA